CGUGCGUGGGUGCGCUUGCGCGGGGCCACCGUCCAUGGGUUGGCUGGUUAUUUUGUAAACGGGAGGGGCCGUGCGCGAUUCUGCCUCUGGCCCCUUCCCUUCCUUCCCCGGUCCCGGGCUCUGCUUCGGAAAGAUGUCGGACACGGCGGUAGCUGACACUCGGCGCCUUAACUCGAAGCCACAGGACCUGACGGACGCUUACGGGCCGCCAAGUAACUUCCUGGAGAUCGACAUCUUUAAUCCACAGACGGUGGGCGUGGGCCGCGCUCGCUUCACCACCUAUGAGGUUCGCAUGCGGACAAACCUACCUAUCUUCAAGCUGAAGGAGUCCUGUGUACGGCGGCGCUAUAGUGACUUUGAGUGGCUAAAAAAUGAGCUGGAGCGAGAUAGUAAGAUUGUAGUACCACCACUGCCUGGGAAAGCCUUGAAGCGGCAGCUCCCUUUUCGAGGAGAUGAAGGGAUCUUUGAGGAGUCCUUCAUUGAAGAAAGGAGGCAGGGCCUUGAACAGUUUAUUAACAAAAUUGCUGGGCACCCACUAGCUCAGAAUGAACGCUGCCUACACAUGUUCCUGCAAGAGGAGGCAAUUGACAGGAACUACGUCCCCGGGAAGCGCUGGAGCUCACAAGUACAGAAUGGCAGGAUGGAGCUGAGAAAGGGUGUUUUUCCCCCCUUAAAGUUGAGAGAGAUUUAAGUCUACUAAACUGUUGAUGGAAAGAAGCCAGUUGAGAGGAUGAAGUUCAUGACAUGGAAGAGACUGAAUUCUUAUGGUUUCAGUUGACCUGAUUCCCAAAUGUGUGGUUCUAAUAAUUCUCUCUUCCAAGUUCCAGACCUGUAUAAUCCAACUCUCUGUGGAACACAUCCACUUGGAAAUCCUUCUCAAACUUAAAAUAUCCAAUAUUACACAACCGUCUGUUGUUCCUUGACUUCCCCUUUCAUCAACUCCCAACCCCUCCUGUCAUUUUUCUUGUGGAUUCCUAAAGUAGCUUUCAGAGUGGCCUCUUUUUGUUUCUACCUACUGUCCAAUCCAUUUUCUGUACAGCAGCUAGAGUGAUCUUUCUGAAACUUACAGGUGACUCCUGUAAGCUAUAAACAUUCCCUAUUGUUUUUAGGGUACAAGCCAAAUCCUGUACUCAUCUACAUAAAUUCUGUGCUUCAAGCCUGGUGAACUAUUUCCAGUUCCCAGAGAAAGCUUUGUUCUUUCAUAUACCUCCAUGCUUUCACACAUAACAAUUCCUUCUGCCUCUGAUACCCUCUCCAUCUUUUUGUUCCCACUCAUAUUUUUCUUGGCUAAUUUCUACUCAUCUUUCAAGAUUCAUUUCAGGAUUUCCUUUCUACUUCCUCUGGGAAGCCUUUCUUGUGUUUCCCAGGCCAGGAUUAGGUAUCCCUCUGUAUUUCCUAGUACCUGUGCUUUCUGGUAUGCCACUGUGUUCCCAUAGCACCUGUGCCUUCUUUACCUACCAUACUCUCUUUUUUCUGUAAUUGGCCCAUUCUAUUUUUUCAAUUUUUUAUUUCAAGAUAAUUUUAGAUGUACAGAAGUGUUGCAAAAAUAAAAACAAGGUACAGUUCACAAAUUUGUGUAUCUUUGUUCAGGGGUCAUACUAUUCAUUGUAACAUUCCAAUUUUAUGGUGUAGCACAAAAGUUACAUUUUUGAAUACUGCUUUUAUGUCUGGCUAUUUUACUAAAGUCUUAUAUUUAAAAUUUGCAGGGUUUUUUUGGGUCUUUUAUGUGGACAGUAAUAUCACCUGCAGGUUGUUUUUUAUCCCUGUUCUUAUUUUAAAAAUUAUUUUUUCCUACUUUUUAAAAUUAAGGUAUUAUUGAUACACACUCUUACGAAGGUUUCACAUGAAAAAACAAUGUGGUUACUACAUUUACCCAUAUAAUUGGCCUAUUCUUUUAAUUUUUUAUAAAAAGCAUUUUAGUUCCUCAAGUAAUAUAUUAAUAUGGUUCUGUUAUUUCAGUCAAAUAGUUCUCCUUUUCAAUCCCCUGAUGCAGGUCCCUGUCCCAGAGGAAACCAAUGUUAUCAGGUUGGCAUUUAUUCUUCCAGAUCAUAUUCUGUGUAUUUAAAAAUAGAAAUAUAUUUUUCUUUUUGUUUGUGUAUAAAAUAUAUUUUGUUAUAUGUCUGUUUUCAUUUUUCCCUAUAUAAAUGAUAUCAUACUCUA